AAAUAUUUCCUUUGUUUCACCGCUCAUCAUUUUAUAAUUAUUUUAUAUUAUUUUUCCCAUCAUUCAUAUUUCCUUUUAGUAUUUAAAUUUCCGACGAUGACCUAUUGCUUAUCGUCAUUUUACUAUGCCUUUUUCCACCCAUUUUCUCUUGUAUAUAAACCCCAACUUAAUUCCUUAUUUUCGACCUCCUUACCGAGAGAAGUGAGAGAUCUUUUCCUAGCUGUUUUCCCCAAUGACCAGUAUUGUUUGUAUUUAAUUAGAAGUUAAAUUUAUAUUUAUUAUUUUGGGCCUUUCCUCAGUCUAUCUGAGAGUUGAUCUUAUAGGGUCAGUAAAUCGGAGAGAAAUCUAAAACGUUUAAGUAUUUACUUUUUAAGUUAACUCGGCAUAACACAUAAAUCCUAAUAUUUUGAGUAGCAACAAACAAAUUUGCUCUGCUCCAACAGGUUCUUUAAAAAAGUGCUGCAUAUUCCUCACAUCAAAGUUGAUAUACCCGUAGGUUUAUCAACAGGCGCCCCCGGGACAGGGAAAACAUCUACAGCCAUGUCGACUGUAGCUUUACUACCAUCAACAAUAACUACACUUCCACAAUCACGAAUCAUACUCACUUAAAA